AUGUCGAAACGCCACCUCUUCAACUCGCCCGACGGCCUCGUCAACAAGGCCCUCCGCGGCAUCAUCGCAUACAACCCCUCCCUCAGCCUCGACGAGGCCAACCGCGUCGUCUACGACACGUCCUACGACCGGCGCAACGUGAGCAUCAUCAGCGGCGGCGGCUCCGGCCACGAGCCCGCCUGGACCGGCUACGUCGGCGCCAACAUGCUCGCCGCGUCGGUCCAGGGCGACAUCUUUGCGAGCCCGAGCACCAAGCAGAUUGUCGCCGCCGUCGAGGCCGUCCCCAGCGACAAGGGCACCAUCCUCGUCAUUACCAACUACACGGGCGACUGUCUGCACUUUGGGCUCGCCAACGAAAAGGCCAACGCGAGGGGCCACAACUGCCGGGUCAUCAUCUGUGGUGACGACGUCUCUGUAGGCAAGAAAGGCAGCAUGGUUGGUCGUCGGGGUUUGGCGGGCCAGAUUGGCGUGCUCAAGGUCAUGGGCGGUGCUGCGGGCGCGGGGGGCUCUCUCGACGACGUGUACGACCUGGGCGUUGCGUUUUCGCAGCAGAUCGUGUCCAUUGCCGCGACGCUCGACCACUGCCACGUCCCUGGACGGACGGAACACGGUAUGCUCGACGACAACGAGGUCGAGAUCGGCACAGGUCCGCACAACGAGCCCGGUUACAAGAAGCUCUCCCCCGCGCCGUCCCCCUCCGAGCUCGUCCAGUCCAUCCUGCGGCACUGCCUCGACGAAAACGACCCCGAGCGCGGCUACGUCAAGUUCUCGCCGGGCGACGAGACGAUGCUGCUCAUCAGCAACUUUGGCGGCAUGUCGCACCUCGAGAUGGGCGCGCUCGUCGACGAGGUGCUGGAGCAGCUCGCGCGCGAGUGGAACAUGGAGCCCUCGCGCAUCUGCGCCGGCUUCCUCGAGACGUCGCUCAACGCUCCCGCCUUUUCCGUCUCCGUCAUCAACGUCACGGCCGCGGCUGCCAACUGCCGGUACUCGGUCGACGAGAUCAAGGGCUUCUUUGACGCGCGCACCAACACGCACUGGGAGUCCGUGGCUGGGGCGCAGGCCACGCGGCGGAGGCCGCGCAGGGAGCAGCUCGUACGCGCGCCGCAGGAGGAGCGCAAGACGGUCGACGAGAAGCGUGACCUCAAGGUGGACCCUGUGGUGUUGGAAAAGAUGCUGCGCAAUGCGUGUGAGCAGCUCAUCGUUGCGGAGCCGGACUUGACAAAGUGGGAUACCGUCAUGGGCGAUGGCGACUGCGGCGAGACGCUCAAGACGGGAGCCACGUGCCUGCUAUCGGCGCUGGACGGCGGGCUGGCCAAGUCCGGUUCCGUCGUCAAGGUGCUGCUCGAGCUGGAGGACAUUGUGGAGAGCAAGAUGGGCGGCACGCUCGGUGGCAUCUUGGGCAUCUUCUUCGUCUCGCUGCGGGCGGCCGUCGAGAAGAACAUCGAGCUCGCUUCGUCCAAGGGCGCCGUCGCCCUCUGGGGCGAGGCCGUCACGAGCGCGCUCGAGAGCCUGAGGCGGUACACGCCCGCCAAGAUUGGCGACCGCACCGUCAUGGACACAUUGAUUCCGUUCGCCGAAGCCACCAAGAAUGGUGGACUGGAUCACGGUGUCAAGGCCGCGGUCCAGGGUGCCGAGGCAACCAAGACGAUGACGCCCAGACUGGGCAGAGCGACAUAUGUGGGCGCUGGUGUCAACGGCAACAAGGAGUUGCCUCCUGAUCCUGGAGCUUGGGGCGCCAUGGUGGUGGUCCAGGGGCUGCAGGCAGGCAUGUAA